UUUACAACGAACAGUCAACAAUCGUGUAUUCAACAUGAAGGCAUUCAUAGUUCUCGCUUUGGCCAUCGCUGCCGUCUCUGCUGAGGUGGCCGAACAGGUCCACCCCAAGGAUAUGCCACAAUCCCUGAAGCUCGAGGGACGCAUUACCAAUGGCUACCCAGCCUACGAGGGCAAGGCCCCCUACGCUGUUGGCCUGAGCUUCAACGGUUGGUGGUGCGGUGGUUCCAUCAUUGCUCACGACUGGGUGCUGACUGCUGCUCACUGCACCAACGGUGCCAGCUCUGUGACCAUCUACUACGGUGCUACCUGGCGUACCAACGCCCAGUUCACCCACUCGGUUGGCAGCGGCAACUUCAUCCAGAACGGCAACUGGCCCAACCAGAACGGCAACGAUAUCGCUUUGAUCCGCACUCCCCAUGUCGACUUCUGGAGCAUGGUCAACAAGGUUGAGCUGCCCAGCUACAACGACCGCUACAACAUGUACGAUGGCUGGUGGGCUGUUGCCUGCGGCUGGGGUCUUACCUACGAUGGCUCAUCUCUGCCCGAUUGGCUGCAGUGCGUCGACCUGCAGAUCAUUAGCAAUGGACAGUGCUCUCAGACCUAUGGCAGCCUUCCCGAUGGUAUUCUCUGCGUUGCUACUCCCGAUGGCAAGUCCACUUGCUCUGGCGACUCUGGUGGCCCAUUGGUGCUCCAUGACGGUGGCAGACUGGUUGGUGUUACCUCUUUCGGCAGCAGUGCUGGUUGCCAAACUGGCGCUCCAGCUGGCUUCACUCGUGUCACCAACCAACUCGACUGGAUUCGCGACAACUCUGGUGUUGCUUACUAUUAGACAUUCUAACAAAAAUAAAUAAACGAUAUGCAUUAAUAUAAA